AUGGCCAAGAAUAACCUCACGACUGUAACCAAGUUCGUUCUCAUGGGCUUUAUUGACCUUCCCAAGUGGGAAGUCCCUGGUGUUUUUCUGGUGUUUCUCAGCUUCUAUCUUGUCACCAUUUUGGGAAACUUGGGCAUGAUCAUUCUCAUCCAGGUGGAUAUCCAACUCCACACCCCAAUGUAUUUCUUCCUGAGCCACCUUUCUGUGUUGGAUGCCUGCUAUACCUCAGUCAUCACCCCUCAGAUCCUGGCAACACUGGCCAAAGACAAAAUGAUCAUCUCCUAUGGCCAAUGUGCUACCCAGUUUUUCUUCUUCACCAUCUGUGCAGCAACCGAGUGUUUCCUGUUGGCAGUGAUGGCCUAUGAUCGCUAUGUUGCUAUUAGCAACCCACUACUCUACACUGUGGCCAUGAGCCCUAGAAGAUGCUGGAGUUUGGUGGCUGGUGCCUAUGCUGGUGGGUUGUUUGGGGCCAUCUUAAGAACCACAUGCACCUUUUCUCUCUUCUUCUGUGAAGGCAAUCAAAUUAACUUCUUCUUUUGUGACCUUCCACCCCUGCUGAAGCUGGCCUGCAGUGACACAACAAAUGUUGAAAUUAUAAUUGUCUUUUUUGGGAACUUUGUCAUCUUGGUCAAUGCGUUGGUCAUACUCAUUUCCUACCUGCUCAUUAUCAAGGCUGUCCUGAGGAUGAAGUCUUCAGGAAGCAGAGGUAAAACGUUCUCCACAUGUGCCUCCCACCUCACCGCUGUGGCUCUUUUCUUUGGGACCCUCAUCUUCAUGUACAUACGGAGCAGUUCAGGCAAAUCCCUGGAGGAAGACAAAGUCGUGUCUGUCUUCUACACUGUGGUCAUCCCCAUGCUGAACCCUCUGAUCUAUAGUCUGAGAAACAAAGAUGUGAAAGCUGCCUUCAGAAAGGUCACUGGUAGAUUCCAGGUGUCUCAAACCUUGCAAAGUUAA